CUGAAACGGCGUGAUGCGUCGUGCGCGGAGGGAUUUCGAGCACGGACUACACCCAAGGCGCUGUCUCGAUUCACAUCGGCUUUUCUUCCCUGCCCCCCCCCCAAAAAAAGCAGAUCUCGGCAGCACGCAGCUAAGCGCUUUUUGGAGAGCAAACAUGUCUUGGCAAAGCUACGUGGAUAACCUGAUGGCCGAUGGCAGCUGCCAGGAUGCCGCCAUUGUCGGUUAUACGGACGCCAAAUACGUUUGGGCAUCGUCAGAAGGGGGCACUUUUAGCGGUAUAACGGCUGAUGAAAUCGAUGUCAUAGUUGGUAAGGACCGGGAGGCCUUCUUCACCAAUGGGCUGACUCUAGGGAAAAAGAAGUGCUCUGUGAUCAGAGACAGCCUGCCGCUUGAUGGCGACUGGACUAUGGACAUCAGGACGAAGAGUCAAGGCGGCGAGCCGACGUACAACGUUUCUGUAGGCAGAGCUGGCAAAGUCUUGGUUCUUGUAAUGGGCAAGGAAGGGGUCCAUGGAGGCGGAUUGAAUAAGAAGGCAUACUCGAUGGCAAAAUACUUGAGGGAUUCGGGGUUCUAAUUAUUGGUUUUAGUCAUGGGAAAGGAAGGUACCCACGGAGGACAGCUCAACAAGAAAGCAUUUUCCAUGGCUGAGUACCUGAGGAGAGCUGGAUACUGAAGCAGCCCCCUUUCCAUCCAUCCACACAGCAGCUCACUGUAACAUCCCUUCAUCCCUUUCUCCCUCCUUGGUUUUUUUUUUUUCUUUUCUCACUGUCACAGCACUACAGAUACUUAGUGGCAUUGUUGUCUAUCCAGCCCCCUAAUUUUUUUAUUUUUAUUUUAUUAUAUAAACCUACACCCUUUCUGUCUCUUCUUUCUAUUUAGCAUACCUUUUCCCCCAUUUCCCUCAUCCUUAUAGUGCCACAAAACAAGCAUGUUCAUUUUAUGAAGGCUUAAAACAAAAACAUAGUACUGUACAUAAACCAUUUAAGACGAUCGGGCUUUUCAAAUUUGCAUCAGCGAAUCGUCACUGUCCAGUUUUCCUGAGGCGCUUAUCUAGUAGUCCAUCGAUGCCCCGCGAGUGCUUUGAGCCUUGCUGAGCUGUCAGUUUUCCCCAGCAAUAUAUAUAUUUUUUUCUUUCCAGCAUGGCCAGGAGGGUUUAAAAGUGCAUGCAUAUCUCUUUUUAGCUCAAUAUCAAAUACCUAAGUACCAUACACUAUCAGUGUCCUCCCAAAAAAAAAAAAUAUAUAUAUAUAUAGUAAUAAUAAAAUGAACCACACUACAUAAUUCUUGCCCUUAUACUUGUAACACAUUUUAUUCAAAAUACAACAUCCAAUGCUUUUACUGUUGUAUCUGGAUGUGGUGUUGUGAGUCCUCGAUGUAAUGUUGGAAAUGUUUUCCUUUUGAAUGUGAUGGCAGAUCAGCAUUUACAGCGUCUAGGUUUAAAACAAAAAUCGCUUCUGGACUCUUAAGGACAUUCCACCGCUAAUAUAGCCACUUAGCAACUUAUUUACCAGCUAGUGGUUUUUUUUUUUUUUUGAAUUUUUUUUCUUUUUUUUUUCCUUUUCUUUUUAAAGCACUGCCCUUGCGAUGUAACUCUGGUUUGGUGUCCAUUCAUUUAUUAUAGAUAUAUAUAUUAUUUUUCUCCAGUAGGACCAAUUUUUUUUUCUUCUACAUUUUGGAGGAUUAACAGAUUACUGAAUGAUUGACUGCUAGCUUCAUCUGUUUGUAGAACACUAAAUUAAACAUUUCAAAUGCACAGAAUAACACUAACCUCUUGAUUAUUCACUAGUAAUGGUAUCCAUGUCUUGGGGAGAGAUUGCAAAGCUCUAAUGGGAACUACCUGACUUAUUACUUUUUUCCUUCUCAAUGAAUGUCUUGAAAUAGAUGAAAUGGCAGUCUUAUUGUUGACUUUAAAUCCUUUACCACCCCCCCCCCCCCCCUUUUUUUUUUUUUUUUUUGUUGUUAAUCCUGUCAGUUUUCAAACAUCCAGUCAUUUGUGCUUUAUUCAACUGCGAUGUAUCAACUUGUCAUAGCACGGUACAAAUAUUUCAUUAAAAUAGGCAAAAAAAACAAAAACAAAAAAAUGAACACUGAAGUAACUGUGUACACUAAAUUUUCUGGGUUAUGGUGGUAUUAGAUAAAGAAGAAAAAGACCACUAGUCAGUUGUAUUAACUUUAAUCGAGAGGGGGGGAAAACAGAAGGAAAAAAAAAAAAGCAGUGUAUCCUGUGCCAUAAUGUAGAUCUUGAUAUGUUGCUACUGUGAGAUGGAUUUUAAAACCGCUGCCUUGUAAGGAGUCGAUUUGAGAGUGGCACCUUCUUUGGGAUAUGACAUUAAAAAUUUCAAACUCUCCAGGGCUUGUGGAAUAUGUACAGAUUAAAGUGAAACAUGUCAACGAAUCAUGUUCAUUUCUCUCCUUUCUUUCCUUGCACCUGGUUUUAUGACUAUGAAAAUCCUGACCAGCUGAUAGAUAUGGAUAUAUCUAUUCUCUAUACAACCUGAUUUUGCGUGGAAAAUGCCAUGAAUUAACCACCUUGUUUACAGACAGAUCAAAUAAAUCUAUUCCAACCAGAAAAA